AUGGAAACAAUUGAUAUCCAAAAUCGAUCAUUUGUGGUUCGUUGGGUAAAAUGUGGCCGCGGUGAUGUAAUCAACUAUCAGAUCAAGCCAUUGAAGAAAUCUAUCGAGAUUGGUAUCUACAAGAAGUUGAAAUCAAGUGUCGAUGACCAUGCUUCCGCUGUUCACAUUGCCCCUGACACUAAAACGUUGCUGGACUAUACAACUAAAUCCUUAUUGCAUAAAGGAAGCUCUGGUCACGUGGAGGAGCACCAUAGGCGUUCUUCCCAACACUCUCACAAUUCCAGCAAUGGAUCUGAUAAUAGGAGAAAGGAGAGAUCACAUUCUUCGCUGUCCAUCAGUGAUAUACAACAGCAAUCUCAAGAAAUACCCCUACGUGAAAAACUAUCCGCAUCGGGCUUCACCUUGGUUAAGAGGGUCGGCAACGUUUCGGGGAACACUAUGGUUCAAGGUGAUCUCGAAGUAAAAGAUACUGAUUACUAUUAUGCCUUUAUACUAGACAAUUCGUCCUCUAAAAAUGUAAAGAAAAAAAUCCUUUUCAAUGCGAGUGUAAUAAAUGGUGAUAAUCAAUCAAUGAUAAGCACGAGAUCCACGCCUCCAGCAGGGCCUGCAGCUUUAAAUAGAACAUCAACCCAACGGGAUAUGCUGUUUAGAGUAGGACAGGGACGAUAUCUGCAAGGUUACCUGCUGAAGAAAAGGAGAAAGAGGCUACAAGGUUUCAAGAAAAGGUUUUUCACUUUGGACUUUAGAUACGGAACUUUAUCAUACUACUUGAACGACCAUAAUCAAACCUGUAGAGGUGAGAUUGUAAUAAGUUUGUCAUCUGUUAGUGCCAAUAAAAAGGAUAAAAUAAUCAUCAUCGAUUCUGGUAUGGAAGUUUGGGUCUUGAAGGCUACAAAUAAGGAAAACUGGCAAUCGUGGGUUGAUGCAUUACAAUUUUGUUUUGAUGACCAAUUUGAAGAUAAGGACACUUCCACUCUGGGGGAAAAUCCAGAAGCAUUUGACAAUAGUAAAGGGGCUAAUAAUAAAAGUACUCUACAAAGUCGUGACCAGCUUACACCUAUUGUUACUACUAAAUCCGUCCAACCACAGUCACAGUACAUUCAGAAGGACGCCGAUGAUUUGUAUGUGCCAUUGCCCAGUGAAUCCUACGCUACCUUUUCUAUGAACUUACGCUUGAUUCAACAGCGACUAGAACAAUGUAAAAAGGACUCUAUAUCUUAUAAACCAAGUGCGCCACGCCAAAGAUCUGAAGGGUUGAAUAUAUCGAAUUCGUCAUCUUCCCCCUUUGCAAAUAAUAAAGUGUCUUCAUUUAAUCACUCUUCUUCUGGCAUGACUUCAUCUGAUUCUUUAGUUUCUGAUGAAAUCCCACAUAACACAACACAUACCGAGCAUGCGUUAUAUAAUCAACUGGCAGAUCUGGAAGUGUUUGUGAGUCGAUUUGUUACCCAAGGGGAGGUCUUAUUCAAGGACCAUCAGAUUCUGUGCAAAAAGGCGAAGGAUACGAGAGUUUCCCUGGCUUCAUAUCUCAGCGAAAAUGAUGAAUUUUUCGACGCUGAAGAAGAAAUCAGCCGUGGGGUUAUUCUAUUAACUGACACAGAAGAUGAUAUAAACAAUAUAGUUGAGGAAACUCCUCUUCUAGGCAAAAGUGACCAAAAUGAAUUUAUCACGGAAGGUGAAACAUCAGAAAACAAAUUGAUAGGGUCAUCGAGUUUAAAAAGCCAUACUACUAACGACGAAACUCAAAGCCGUAAACACUACAAAAAUCGUCACAAAAAUCGCCGCCGUAAUCAUCAUCAAAAAAGCGAAAGUGCUCAAUCUUCUACUGAAACAUUUACAAGUAAAGAUUUGUUUGCUCUUUCCUAUCCAAAGUCAAUUUCACGUCGUGACGAUAUACCAGAAGCAGCAGCUUCACCUCCAAGUCUAUUAUCGUUCUUAAGAAAGAAUGUAGGUAAAGAUUUGAGUUCUAUUGCCAUGCCAGUGACUUCGAAUGAACCCAUUUCUAUCCUGCAGCUGAUAUCAGAGACAUUUGAGUACGCUCCUCUCUUAACAAAGGCCACUCAACGUUCUGAUCCUAUAACCUUUGUUUCAGCAUUUGCCAUUUCCUUUCUUUCCAUAUAUAGAGAUAAAGCAAGGACCCUGAGAAAACCAUUCAAUCCGCUACUAGCUGAAACGUUUGAACUUAUACGAGAAGAUAUGGGGUUUAGAUUGAUCUCGGAAAAGGUUUCUCAUCGUCCACCAGUAUUUGCCUUUUUUGCAGAGCAUCUCGAAUGGGAAUGUAGUUAUACUGUAACUCCUUCUCAAAAAUUCUGGGGUAAAUCUAUCGAACUGAACAACGAAGGUAUACUAAGAUUAAAGUUCAAAGCAACCGGGGAACUAUUUGAAUGGACCCAACCAACUACAAUUUUAAAAAAUCUGAUUGCAGGAGAGAGAUAUAUGGAGCCGGUUAACGAAUUCGAAGUCCAUUCCUCGAAAGGAGAUAAAUCGCACAUUUUAUUUGAUAAAGCAGGCAUGUUUAGUGGAAGGUCAGAAGGAUUUAAAGUUUCAAUAAUCCCACCAGCUUCAAGUAAUCGUAAAAAAGAAACUCUGGCCGGUAAAUGGACACAAAGUUUGGUCAAUGAAACUACUCAUGAAACUAUAUGGGAAGUCAGUGAUUUAGUCAGCAAUCCGAAGAAAAAAUAUGGAUUCACUAAAUUCACCGCAAAUUUAAAUGAAAUUACAGAAAUUGAGGAGGGCAAUUUGCCACCUACUGACUCUAGAUUAAGGCCAGAUAUUAGAGCAUAUGAACAGGGAAAUGUUGAUAAGGCUGAAGAAUGGAAAUUGAAAUUGGAACAACUUCAGCGUGAAAGACGUAAUAAAGGACAGGACACUGAGCCAAGGUAUUUUGAGAAAGUAUCUAAGACUGAAUGGAAGUACAUAACUGGACCAAAGAGUUAUUGGGAAAGAAGAAGGAACCACGAUUGGUCAGACGUUACCCAUCUUUGGUAA